AUGCCACCACCCUCAAUCUUCGGCGACGGCUUGCCAACCGCCUCACCAGCCGAACUACAUCCACCGGAUCAAGCAUGCCCCAAUCCCACAACCAACCCCGAAGACGACGACCUCGGCCUCCAGACUCCUGCCGAGAUCCUCUCCGCCAAGCAAUCAAUGACCCUCUACCCCAAAAUCACCAACAAAUUAGAAGAACUCCAGCACCAUCUCUCCCUACUCCUGCCUCCUCCACCGCCCGGGCCCUUACCCUUCACAGGAACAGUAAAACUCCACGGUACACACGCCGAUAUCCUCAUCCCUCCAUCCACCAUCUUGGGGUCUCAGAAUCUAGUCUACCAGUCCCGGAAUCGAGCCUCCCUUACUCGGGAGAGCGAUAAUCUGGGAUUUGCGGCCUUCUGCUCCAAGCGUGAGACUGCAAUCCGUUUGCUAGGAGAGAGGGUGAGGAAGCGUUGGCGAAGUCUGCAUCCUUCUGCUCCUGUCGGGAAGGAGAACGAAGGUGUGUUGGUGUUAGCUGGGGAGUGGAUCGGAAAGGGUGUCCAGCGGGAUAUAGCGAUUUCUCAGCUGGAGCGGUGUUUCGUCAUCUGUUCUCUUCGCCUCUUACCCGCCAAGGACAAGGUUGCCGGGAGUGGUGAUACUGGUGAAGGCGAUACUGGAGAUGCGAGCGCGGCGGUCUGGGAGCAUAUUCAGCAGUACCACGACCUCGAACUCCCCACCCAAAGAAUCUACAAUAUCAGCCGCAGCGGCUUCCACCACCUUACUUACUCCCCUACUGACCAAGGCGAGACCUUCCUAGCAAGAGCCAAAGCCCUGACACUCGAUGUAGGUACCUGCUGUCCCUUCGCCAAAGCCCUCGGCGUGACCGGUGCCGGCGAAGGACUCGUCUGGAUUCCAGCUCCUGACUCACCACUUCCCAAUCGUGCAAACUUCUGGCUCAAAACCAAAGCCGAACAAUUCCUCUCCGCCGCCAGCCUCCCGAAACCAGCCCAAAUACCAGCUACAGACCAACUCGCCCGCGCCCAGGCUUUCGCAGCCAAACACUGCACCAAAGAACGCCUCCAACAAGCAUGGGACUAUCUUGGAAGAAUGGAAGAGGAUCUGAAUAAAAAGGGUCUUCCGUUGUUCUUGAGUUGGUUGCAGUAUGAUAUUGGGCAGGAGGAAAAGAUGGAGUUUAGGGAGUUGGGGCUCAAGGAGAGGAUGUGGGGGAGGGAGGUGGUGAGAAUUGGGAAGGCGGAGUGGGAGAGGAUGUUUGGGUGGUGGAAGAUGAGGAUUGGGGAGAUGCCGGUGUGGUUGGCUGGGCGGGAGGGGGAGGGGAUGUGA